UGGUCGAUUUCAACAAAAAGGGCAUUUCUGUCAUCACUACUCAGUGCACAACACAUGAUUGAAGGCUGCUAGCCGAGCGCUUGACUGCAAAAAACGGAAAAAGGCCCCCCUGAAAUUGACGGACAACGACGCUUGCAUAAUGAAAAUCUGGACGUCGGAGCACAUCUUCAAUCACCCGUGGGAGACUGUCACACAGGCUGCAUGGCGAAAAUAUCCAAAUCCGAUGACACCGUCAAUUAUUGGCACCGACGUGGUCGAGCGCAAAGUUGUUGACGGUGUGCUACACACACAUCGUUUGGUGCAAUCAAAAUGGUAUUUUCCGAAAUGGACCCAUGCGCUGAUAGGCACAGCCAAGACAUGUUUUGCCAGUGAGCGCUCAACUGUGGAUCCGGAGCGUAAACAGAUGGUCCUGAAGACAAAUAAUCUCACAUUCUGUCGGAACAUCAGUGUCGAUGAGGUGCUCUAUUAUGAACCACAUCCCACGGAUGCAGGCAAAACGCUGCUGAAGCAAGAGGCCACUGUGACUGUCUACGGCGUGCCACUCUCACACUACAUGGAAGAUAUUCUGACAUCGACAAUAAGUACGAAUGCGGGAAAAGGUCGGCAAGGGCUAGAAUGGGUCAUUGGACGCAUCAAUACAGAGGUCAAGGGCAUAGCCGAGUCAGCGGCGCGUGGCACAGAUGAGUUAAUACAUAAUACGCGGCGGUCCAUAGAUGAGGUGACUGAAAGUGCGCGCAAAGGAAUGGAUGAGAUUAGUGUGCAGGCGGUCAAGGCGGCGAAAGCAAUGCACAUAACAUAGAAUCGAGCCGAGAGGCGAUUGUCGAGUGGGCGCGAGAGCCGUGGAGUAGUAAAUUAUUAUAUACAAAGAACGGACAGCGUCUGGUGCGCUGCUUCUGUAGUACGAACACUUCGACAACUACAGCAACAACAACUAAUUGUAAUAUUCUCUUGCUUUUUCGUUACAUACAUAUAUAUUUUUUUUGAAUAAGCAUUUCAGGUUUAACUGAUAAUGAUUUCGCGAGAGGGCGCAAAGCACGUACAAUUUUGAUUAGAUACAUUUUGAAUCCGUGGUACCGCUAGCCAAGCAACGGUCAUAUAACGUUUUAUUUUUAAUAAUACAUAAAGCAAAAAGUCAAACGUUUGUAAAAUACCAACUAUUCGAAAAAAAAACGAAAAUAAAUUAACAUAACACCUAUGCAAAAACUAA